UCAGAUUUAAAGAAGAUGACUAAGAAUUUUGAGAAUAAACUAGGCCAAGGAGGCUACGGUUCUGUUUACAAAGGGAAGCUGCGAAGUGGCCAUCUUGUAGCGGUCAAAUUGCUCAAAGAAUCAGGAGCACAUGGGCAAGAUUUCAUCAAUGAAAUAACAACUAUUGGAAGGAUCCACCAUGUAAAUAUUGUCCAACUUGUUGGAUAUUGUGCUGAAAGAUCCAAGCGUGCCCUCAUUUUUGAUUUCAUGCCAAAUGGUUCGCUUGAUAAGUACGUCUUCAAUCGAGAAAAAACUUUUUCAUUGAAUUGGGAUAUGAAAUUUAAGAUUGCAGUUGAAGUGGCUCGAGGGAUCAAGUAUUUGCACCAUGGUUGCGACACUCAGAUCUUGCAUUUUGACAUCAAACCUCACAAUAUUCUUCUUGAUGAUAAGUUCGUCCCAAAAAUAUCUGAUUUUGGGCUGGCAAAAUUGUGCGCUGCAAACAAGGAGGCAGUGACAUUGACGGUUGCCAGAGGAACAAUAGGGUAUGUUGCUCCUGAACUUAUCAAUAGAAGUAUCGGUGCAGUGUCUUACAAGGCUGAUGUAUAUAGUUUCGGGAUGUUGUUGGUUGAAAUGCUACACUUAAAUAAAGACUUGACAAGGAACAAUAAUGAAUCAAGUAUGUAUUUCCCAAAUUGGAUAUAUGACCACUUGAACCAAGGUAGGGACAUUGACAUUGGAAAUGUCGAUGAAAAUGACGAUAGAGACAUUGGUCGGAAGAUGACUAUUGUUGCAUUAUGGUGCAUACAAAUGAGUCCUGACAAUCGUCCAUCAAUGAAUAAGGUAUUGGAAAUGUUAGAAGGUGAUGUCGAACAUCUGCAUAUUCCUGAUUAUCCAUCACAAAUAGUGUAUAUGCCAAGAAAUGAGGUAGAAAGUUGGGUUACAGAUUCAAAUGAUUCUAAAUCAUUGUUGCAUAGUAACAAUUACAGCAAUAUUAUUGAGAUUAUUACUUAUUAG